AUGGCAGUUUCAGCAAUUGACACGGUCCAGGCAGCGACUGCCUUGAGCAGCUCGGAAAGUGACGAGCAUCCUGAAACAGAGCAGUCACGACCCCGACGCCGUGGCAGCUUUUCUUUCCUCACUCGCUCAAAGUCUUCCGAAGUCCCAGUCAUCCGUAGCCCAUCGGGACGAAGGAUGCUACGCAACAAGAAACUCCGCGAUCAGGAGGAGCGUCGUCGUCAAGAGCAACAGAUGCCUGUCGUCUCUCACUCUCCUCCUAAGCUGCCCGUCCUGCCAAACAUGGAGCCCAUGGAAAGCGGACGCCCCGAGUCCAUCUCGACCUCGUCUGAGAGAGGUGAUCAAUUCCCUCCAAGAAGAUCAUCCGCCGCAGCCAACUUCUCUCGUCCUGGAGCCAAGCAGACAAGCACAUCCAACUCGUCAAUGCCAUCAAUGUCGUCGACCGGCAGUCUCAACAACCCCUACGGCGUUCCAUUGCCUCCCAUGCCCAACUCCUUGCCUCGCACGGAGAGCAUCGUCAGCCGCGGCAGAGAGACCAAAGGUUCGGGAAAGACGUCUUUCGUCGAGUUCCUCAAGACAGCCAUGGCCCUGCCAUCACACAAACAAAGUCGCGGCCACACUCCUCCGCCUCACUCACAAAACGACUCUCCUUUCGAAUCUUCAUACAUCGAGACUGACAUUGAAGGAGAACGCAUCGGCGUCACACUGUGGGAUUCUCAGGGCCUGGAAAAGAGCAUCAUCGACCUUCAACUUCGCGAUCUAGCCUCCUUCGUCGAGUCAAAGUUCGAAGAAACCUUUAACCAGGAGUCUAGAGUCGUUCGCACACCUGGAGUCAAGGACACCCACAUCCACUGCGUCCUCCUGCUACUCGACCCCGCUCGCCUGGAUUCCACCAUGCGCUCCACAGACCACUCCUCAACUAAGAAAGUUUCGGGUGCAGAAGACGAGGCUCUGGAUCUCGAUGUAAUCAGAGCUCUCGAAGGCAAGACCACUGUCAUUCCCGUCGUUGCCAAAGCCGACACCCUCACCGCUGCUCACAUGGCUCACCUCAAGCGUAUGAUCUGGUCCAACAUUAAGUAUGCAAAGCUCGAUCCGCUACAGGCUCUGGAUCUGGACGACGAAGAUGAGGACGAGUCUCCUGAUUCCAAUGACAGUGAACUCUCGCUGUCAGACUACGAAAAUCCACCUGUAGCACGUUCACCGCCACGCAAGGUCACCGAAGAUACCAAUGCCGAGGACAGCGACACUGUGGCCCACUCUUUCCCGGUUAGAAAGUCGUCGAGAGCAAUACUAGGCCCAGUCUCUUCCAAACGUGCAGAUUCGUGUACUCCCGCACCAGAGGAGCUGUUCCUUCCUUUCUCCAUCUUGAGCCCGGACUCGCACACCUCACCAGGCGCCUUGACCCGCGUCUUCCCAUGGGGCGAGGCAGACCCUUGUAACCCUGCUCAUUGCGACUAUAUCCGACUCCGCGAAUGCGUCUUUGGCGAUUGGCGCUCUGAUCUGCGUGUCACUUCCAGGGAGAAGUGGUACGAGAACUGGCGCACCAGCCGUCUCAAGCGCAAUCCUACAUCUCGUGUUCGAGUGUCUGGCGGCGUCACUCCUAUCACUGCAGUCCCCAAGGAAGGUCGCACUGUCUCGCCUACUCUUACGAACAGAUCUCGUGCUGUCAGCGCUUCCAAGCAAGCAUCGAGAAUGUACGAUGAAACGCCCGAGAGACCUCGCACAAUGAGCACUAGCAAAGCUGAGCGUGUCUUGGGUAGUCCCAGGGGCAUUGCUUUGUAG